GGCAGGAGGAAAGAAGGAGGAGGAGAAGAUAAGGCGGAGGGGAGGGAGGAGGAGGAGGAGAAGUGGAAGAGAUAGCAAAGAGGUGGACACAACUGUCAAAAAAAAGAACAGAGGAGGACAGGAGAAGGCGAGGAGGACGAGGAAGAAGAAGGGAAGGAGAGCAGAGGGUGCUGCAGCCAUGUCAGACACACCUCUGCAGAGGAACGGCACAGCAACAGCGCCGAUGUCGUGUGAGGAGGCUCAGCUCCACAAAGAGAGGCUGCAGGCCUUGGCGGAGAAGCGAAAACGUCAAACUGAGAUCGAAGAAAAAAGAGGCCAGCUGGAUGGCCUGGUGCUACAACUACAGCAUCUCAAGUCCAAAUCCACGCGUGAGCGAUGGCUCCUCCAGGGAAUGGGUGCGGAGCAAGAGGAGGGACGGCGGAAACAGCUGGAACAGGACGAAGAACAAGGAAAGAGGCUGGAAGACAUCAUACACAGGCUGGAGUCUGAAAUCGGUACACUGGAGAGCGAAGAGUCUCAGAUCUCCGCCAAAGAGCAGGUUCUACGACAACGUCUGAAAGAGACGGAGCGCUCCAUAGAAGACCUGCAGAAGAGUCUGAUGGCACAGGGUGGAGAUGCCCUCGGCCGCAUGUCCGCGCCUCUCAGCGACCCCGAUCCCGAGCACCUCGUCCUGGCCACCCAGCCCAGGACCGGCCCCCCCGCCUCCGGAGAGCACGCAGCACCAAGACCUGCAAUGUUUGCCAUGGAGAUCAACGUGCAGCACGACCCGACGACCGGCGAGCAGCGCAUCCUGUCGGCCAAUCGCGUGAGCCCGCUGGAUGCGGCGUCGCGCGGCGUCAAAGUCUUCGACGACGGCAGGAAGGUGGUCUACGAGGUCACAUCCUCCGGGGGCGUGUCCACCAGUAACACGAUGGAGAACGGGUGGAGCUCCGCGCAGGUGGACCAGCUGAUCCAGAGAGCAGCCAGGCCGGGGUCUCAAGGAGGCGAGGGCGACAGGGGCAAGGUGACGGUGACCCCCGCCGCCCCGCAGGCCUACAUCUCCCCCGCAGAUACUGACGACCUGUCUCCACCCUCCUGCGCUCCGCCCUCCGUUCCUUCGAGCCCGCCCGCCCAGGUGACCCUCCAGAGGGAGCCUCAGCUCGGCAUGAUGCCCCCUUCUGCUCCCAUCACCACCCAGCCCGCCUCCUCCGCCCACCCCGGUGGCGAGUUCAGCUCGCUGCCCCGGGCCAGCGCAGAGCACCCGAUCACCAUGGUGUUCCUCGGCUACCAGGACGUGGAGGACGUGAGCGAGAGCAGGAGGCUGCUGGGAUUCGACGGCGCCGUGAAGGCCGAGGUGGUGCUCAUCGACGAAGACGACGAGAAGUCUCUGCGGGAGAAGACGGUCACCGACAUGUCCAUCAUCGACGGCACGGCGGCCGACCUGGUGUCGGGGCGGCCGGCCACGUCAGAGGGCGCCAGCACGGAACUGUCAUCCGACGGCCGUGACCCCGACAGCGCCUCCUCGCCCCCCGCCAACCCCGACGCCAACACGGCCCCCCUGCCAGGCCUCACCCCCGCCACAGGCUACGGAAACACAUCAGGGGUUACCUUGACAACAGCAAAUGGGAACCAAGCUGCCAUUCCGACCAGGCACCCUCACACCGCCAUGAAAUUGUGGCGGGCAGCCGAAGAUGUCAGUGACGCAACACCUAGAGAGCGAGCCCUGAAGAGCGUGAGUUUCCAGGAAUCGGUCAGCGUCAUCACUGACAGCCCUGCAGCCAUGGAGCUGGAGAGCCAGCAGAUCCAACAUGGCUGCCUCAGCAGCCCCAGCAACAACGCCCAUAAUGCAAUUCCUGACAGCGAGGUGGUGCAGGAGAUCCGUUACUUGGACCAGGUUUUAGACGCCGCCUCCGAAACCCCCACCAACGGAACCUCUUCUCCGUCAGAACACAGCAAGAUCAUCAGCAUCGAUGGAAACUCUCCCUCCGUCUGCAUGUCAGCCUCCUCCCCCGUCAAUCACCAUGCAGUGGUGGUGGAGGGUCAGAGAGAAACCACGUUCCUGCACCACGAGGACUCUGCUGUGAGGACCAACGGCCACGUGCAGGGGGGGGAGACGGGGAGCGGCGGGGCCAAGUUUGAGCUGAGAGCGUUUCAGGAGGAGAAGCGACCCGCGAAGCUCUUCACCCCCGGAGAGGAGCAGCAGGUCAGGGUGGCGAGGAGACGACCCUCAGGGGAGGUUGAGGAGCUGGAGCGAGAGCGUCAAGAGCUGAUCAAAGACCAGGCAGUGAAGAAAAACCCCGGCAUCGCCAAGCGCUGGUGGAACCCCCCCCAGGAGAUUCCUUUGGAAAAUCAGCUGGACGCAGAGCAGCUCGAGUCUCUCAAGAAAUACCAGGAGAGGAAACAGCAGAAACAGAGUCCCACUUACACACACACACAGCCCCAGGUUUCAGGACCUCCCACAAUAGUGACCUUUGACCCAGAUCUGAAUAGGAAGGAGGACAUUGUGCUGGAGCAGAUCAACUUCUCCUCUGCCAGGAAGCAGUUUCUGCAAGGAGACGCUACCAAGAGGGACGUGGCUCCUUACAUGUACUCCGCCAAACCCUUUUCCAAAUCCACACCCAGGAGCAGCCAGGGGUUCAGUGACAGUAUUGGGGACACCGGGGAUAGUCAUGUGACCUGGUCUGAUGAAGGAUACGGAGCAGAGUUUACCUGUGCACGAGCGGUGAUGACCAUCCUGCCUGACGACGAGGAGGGGAAGAGCCCGUUCCACCCGGGUUUCCACCCCGAGGAGUCUGACUCGGGGUUAGACGAGUUGUCUCUCCGCUCUCAGGACACCACCGUGUUUAGCUCGGAUAAUGUUUCCGACAGCGGGGCUUCGCUACCGCCGACCCCUCAGCCCCUCACCCCGGUGUCCCCGCCGACGCCCCAGCCCACCACGCCUGUAAACGGGCAGACCAAUGGCAGCCCAUCAGAAUUCGAGCUGGAGUACCAGGCAGGAGUCCUCGUCCAAAACGCCAUCCAGAGCGCCCUGUCAGCUCAGGACGGAGAUGAUUGGCUGCCCUCCGACUUGAAUUCUUCACAGCUCAGCGCCCCAGUGUCUCCAUCCUCAGCCUCGACAGGAAGCCCCGUGCCAGUGUCUUCCUCCCCUGCGUCCUCAGGUGGAGCUCCUAGUCUCCAGUCACCCAUGUCCUCCAGUCCUGCUCCAUCCAACCUGUCUCCUCUGCCAGACAGACGUCCAGAAGUAGGGUUUGAGAAGCCUUUAGAGUCAGAACACGCUCUGCAGCAGCUCCAGACGCCUUCUCCCCCUCCCUCUCAGCCCGUCUCCCCCCCACAGAGACCCAAACAUGGAGGCCCAAGGAUCAAAAUCCAAUCCUCUUACGCCAGAGCCCUCGCCUCCUCAGCCCCGGCUCCAGCUCCUGCCUCCACAGCCAUAGCUGCUCCAGUGUCCCGGCCGACCCCAGUCUACCGUCCCCCUUCUCCCCCAAGCCCGGAGAAACCGGAGUUCAGCUACUUCAGCAAGUACUCGGAGGCGGCCGAGCUGCGGAGCACAGCGGCGGCAGCGAAGGGCCCCGAGGUGGAGGCGUCCAGUGGGCCGUUCCGCCUGCGCUCCAAGAAGCAGAGGACUCUGUCCAUGAUCGAAGAGGAGAUCCGAGCCGCUCAGCAGAGGGAGGAGGAGCUGAAGAAGCAGAGGGUGGAGCAGCCCGCCGCCAGGGUCCGCCCCGGCAACACGCCUGGCAACGCUCCCAGCAACAAUCAGGGUCCCGCGAGGGUGCGGCAAACCAAUAUCUCCCCAGCAGACAAGAUGAAGAGCAACAGCCUGCCAGCUCGACUCACUCUGACAGCGAGGACGGCUCCAGGAAAGAUCGAGAAGGUUCGCCCUGCCCCCCCCGUCUCCCCCUCGCCCUCAGAGGGAGCGCUGUCCGACGCCGGCAGCGAGGACUCCGGAGGACGACCCAAAAACUACAUGCAGACGCUAAUGGAAGACUACGAAACACACAAAGUGAAGAGGAGGGAGAAAAUCGAUGACAACAGCUAUGCCCGUUUGUUGCUGGUCAACGAGGUUCUGGAGGCCACUCGCGUCACCAGGAGGAAAAGUGACAUGGCGCGGAAAUGGGAGGCCGGUAUCUACGCUAAUGAGGAUGGAGAAGGAGAAGAAGAAGAGGAGGAGGAAGAAGAAGAAGAAGAGGAGUAAGCAGAGGAGUAAGCAGCUCCUCCCAGAGACAGUUAUAGAACAAGUGGGAAGGACAAGAAGAAGAAAAACGCAGCGAGGAGAAGGGCAAAAGUAUUUAUUUUACUAAAAGUAUUCUUAUGAUCACAUGACCCGUUGGCUCGACCAAUGAGGAUCAUCUAAGAAAAGAAGAAUUGAAGGCCAACCGUAUGUUAAGAGACUGAGAAUGUGAGAGACUUUUAAGGUGUUGAGGCCAUUUUGAAAAAGGUCAGUGACGUAAAAGACACUUUGAAAGGGUUUUAAGAUGGUUUUAGAGCGAUUCAGGAUUCAAAGGUUUUAACAGUUAGUAGACGUUGAAUGACUUAAAUAUUCAUAGGAAUUUCCUGUAAUUGUUUUAUUGAAAGAUGUGCUGAGAUCUGAAGAUUUUACUUUGACAGGUUGCCUGAGACUUGCUGAUGAUGUUUUCUUUGCAAUGGAUGCUUGAUAACAACCCAAACCAUUUUCACAAUGUGUGGGAAAAAAACGAAGAAAAAGAAAGACCAUAUUUCUGUCAUUUCAAAAUGAUUUCUACCUGGAUUUGAUGAACCCAACAGGACCUGAUGCGUCACAUUCAGUAAAGUUUGAUAUUGAGCAUCCUGCAGUGCCACAGUACACCACAGUACAGAUGUGAGACACAUAUGACAUGUUUGUAGGAGCUUCUGCAAUCACUUGAAGCAUCUGUGUUCAAUUUAAGUGCCGACUUGACUGUCCUUGGAAAUGCUAGCGUGGAAAUUAGCUAAACUAGCAUCAAGGUUCAACUUUGCCUUAGAUCAUGAGUAAUCGUAGGAUGCACGAUAUGUACAGAGUAUGUUAUCUUCUCCUAUUCUGUAUGAAAACAGUUUCAAAAGAGUAAAACACACAGCCGCGUUAGAUAGAAAGGAAACACUACUCUUCAGUGACUUCAUAAAGAGGGACUGCGGGUCAUGUUUGCGUCUCUUCAGUCAGUGUGUAUUGAUUAAAGGGCUGGGUCGGGGGUUUUGUAUUCUAAAAAUCACUUAUUUUACCUUUACUCGCUACGUCGCUUUGCGGACCCGUGCUUUCAGAUGUAAGCAGUUGUUUGAUGUAUUAUACUGAGGUAGGACUGUGUAUUGUGAACAUGUCUGUAGAGAUUCCAGCAGGGCCGUGUAUCUACUAUCCCUUGCUAGCUGAGGAUAAAGUUUGAUGAUAGACAUUUAUGGGGAAAAGCGUUUUAUAAAAAAGUUUUCAUACCGUCAGCCUAGUUUCCAAUUUAUUUAAGAAGUACUGAUUGUGUGCAUGAAAUGACACUCCUUUUACAACCUGAAACAAGCACACAAACAGGCAAAAAAUAACUAUCAGUUCAACAGGCUGCAACGGAGUGUCCGUUUUCUAUGUUAAUACCACAAAAGUUGGAGAUUUGUGUGUUGGGGCUGUCAGUUUUUAUACUAUAUAUAUUGAGAGAAUUUCGCAGGACGUCCUGUUUCGUUAAACGACUGAAGAGAUUCAGGCUUCUAUUUGGGAGGCAACACUGUGGAUUGUAAGGGGGUAGAAAGCAAGUUUAAGCAAAUCAAAAGCAAUCAGAACAAUCCCUGCAGCUUGCAGGACUGACUUUAAAUGAAAAGUGUUUCAACAUGGCUGAAGAAAAUGUAUUUGUGAACCACUUUAACUGAUAGGAUUCUACUUUUCAGUCUGUGUUUGCUUGUUUAAUGAAGCCUUUUAGAUUAUUUUCCAGCAUUAGGAUGUCAGGAGGAUGGUGAGAACUUCUUUUUUUUCUCGAUCAUCUGCUGGCAUUUCCUGUUUCAAGUGUCCUUUUGUCUAGACCUUUCUGUGUGCCCACAAACACACUGAAUACAAAUCUAUAUCAUUAAAACUGAGGUAAACUUGCACAGAAAUUCCAUAACUGCGGGACAUGAACUGUCCAUUAAUGAAUUUCGGUUAUAUUUAUUGGGACAGUCCCAUCCUAAGUGCAAAUGAUCUAACUCUAUUUAAUUAUAAUGAUGGGAAAAACAGUGCCAGUAACCACCAAGCAGAAGUGUGUGAUGUGUCCAUUUCCCCCGGAAACAAUCACCAUACAUUGGUUCCAGAAAAUCCACCUCUUCCUUGUUUUUCUACACGUGAUAAUAUAUAGUGAAAAAAAGUAUUUAAAGAGAACCAGUGUCCCUUUUUAUGACGGAGGUGUCAUUGUGGUGCAGCAGGAAGUGUGUGAAUAGUUGCAACGGAGGUACAGUGAUGCUGAUAUGAGGUUUUGCAACCGGUUUAGGCAAAUGGUAUUAUGACGCAUUUUUACAAAAUAAAUAUUAGAUUUUAGAGAUGCUUGAACCCAGAUCUUUUCAGGGUUGAAUGGCAGAAAACUGAUAGUGAUGUUUGACAUGAUAGUUUUACAGUCUCCUAUAUCUUAGCUUUAUUAACAGCACAAUUUGAGUUUUAAGCAACAAAAACAAAGGCUUUGUCUCUAGUUUACUGUAGCUGCUGCAACACAUACUGUGUUAUGUACACACACACACACCAACACCAACCUCAUUUCCCCUGAAGAGGUUGAAUCAAACCCUAAAUCGAGUUCUCACUAAAUAACGCUUUUUAAAUGGUUACACACAAUGCGCUCGCAGAGCAGUUCUAUCUGUGAUUUAUUAUUUUUAUUAUUAUGCUUUUGUUGUUUGAGUUCAUGGUGCAGAGAUGUUUUAUUUAUCUUUUGAAAAUGCUGGUAGUUCCCCUGCAGGAGCGCCCAAGCUUCAGCGUGUGUGUGCGAUAAAGCAAUCGUAUUAUACAGUAUAACCUCUGUUCCUAUGUUAACCACUUGUACGCUCAUACUCUGCUUUCUUAUUUUAUAGGACAUGUAAGGCUCACACUUAUACACCUACUAUACAUAUUAUGAAUAUUUUCUCAUUAAAAACAAAACCUGUACACGUGG